AUGAGCGAGGCUCGCCUCCCGGCCGGCGAUCCUAUCCCUGGCUCCGACGCACAUUUGCUCGCCACCGUAGGCGGCGACGUGGCAUUGCCGGCUCUCCUCGCACAAGCUCCAGCUCCAGCGAGUGCCGAGGCCCCCUCCGCUGCGGACACCCGCGACACUGAUCGGGCCACCCUCUCGACCGCAGACGACCAAGAUGUGACUCUUCCUGCUGCAGGUGAGCUGAAUGAACGGCCCGGCGAUCUCAUACGGUUUACCAUGUACGAGUCUAGGCGCCAUUUCUACCUCGUCUCGUGCAACUCCAGCCAGACUAAAUAUCAUGUCCUCAAGAUCGAUCGUGUCCCCCCUAUUGCAACGCAGGACAAGCCGGUCCAGGAUGAUGCGGCACAGCAUGAGACACCCAGUACAGUGCCACUUGUGACGGUGCCCGAACCUCAGCCGCCUGCGACACCCACGCGGCCCAAGCACUCUCACAAACGGGACAAGAGCAUGUCCAGUGUCGUGCUCAGUAUCGCUGGCGAUGAAAACGAUCUGCACUUGCGGGCGGGAAAUGCGCCUUCCGGCACGCUAUCUUCUGAGAUCACCGAGCUCGCCUCGUCGCUUGUCUCGGAGCGCGAUGCAGGCGCUACCCCACCGCCUGACCAGCAUGGCAAGUAUCUCGGUCUGUACGAUUCCGAUAUACAGCACCUGCGACUGACGGCCGAAUGGAAGAGCUACGUGGGCGAUGCAGGCGAUCUACACCUCAUGCAAGAUGCGCCGGAGCGCACUGUGCCGCCCAUCUCCGCGUUGGGCUCCAGUCGUUCGCCCAAAUCGUCGCACCGCACGUCGCACGUGGCGAGCUCCAAAGAGCCUGAGCCGGCAACGACAGAGCCCAAAGACAAGCCUGACAUGAUGCUCGAUCCGUCUAGCGACGCUGCAUGGGCGCUUCACGUUACAGGAUACAGCACCGACUACACACCAGCUCAAGUGGAGCACUUACUGGAGCGCAUCCGGGAAGAGUCUCGGCCUGGCGGCGGUCUCCGCGAUGUCGGGCGCUUCUUUGGUCUUGUGGGCUUUGUUCGGUUCACGUCGGGGUACUACAUGGUGCUCAUUUCCAAACGAAGUGCCGUUAGCCUCAUUGGCGGUCAUUAUAUCUACCAUUGCGACGAGACGCAGGUCGUCCCUGUCUGCCAUCCCAGCACGCUAUCGAGCGUACCAGGUCGCUCCAAGCUUAAGGACCAGCAGGAGGCACAGCAGCUGCGAUCGUUCCGCCAGGUGGAUCUUGGCAAAAACUUUUACUUCAGUCAUACGUACGAUGUCACACGGACCCUCCAGGAAAACAUGACGGGCCCGCGUGUGGCCCAUCGCAUCCACAGCACCUCGGCGUGGGGCUACAAGGAAAAGUUUAUGUGGAACUACCAUCUGCUUGUCCCUGCCUUUUCCGACUGUCAGUGCCAGCGCCCUGACGAACCAAUGGCGUCGUCUCAGCUCGCAAAGCGCCAGUGGGUCGUUCCUCUUGUGCACGGGUUUGUGGAUCAGGCGAAGCUCAGUGUGCUGGGCACCGCUAUCUAUGUGUCUCUCAUUGCGCGGCGCUCCCGACACUUUGCCGGCGCGCGCUUCUACAAGCGUGGCAUUGACGCCGACGGGCAUGUGGCCAACGACGUGGAGACAGAGCAGGUCGUUCACAAGCCUGUGACCAGUCCCUUUUUUGCGCCGCCGGCACGGAGUACCGAAAAAGAGCCAGCACCGCUGCGCCCAUCACCACACUUUACGUCGUACGUGAUGAUGCGCGGCUCGAUCCCCGUCUACUGGACACAGGACUCGACGAAUAUGUCGCCACGACCGCCCAUCGAGAUUUCUGUGGUGGACCCAUAUUUUGCGCCGGCCGCACGGCAUUUCAAUGAGCUAUUCCACUCGUAUGGUACACCAGUCAUUGUCUUGAAUCUCGUGAAAGGGAAAGAGCGACAGCCUCGCGAGUCCAAACUGCUUAAGGCCUACAAUGAAUGUAUUCAGCAGCUUAACCAGUUUUUACCUCCAGACGAUGCUGGGAAAGAUCGCCGCAUACGUUAUUUAGCAUGGGACAUGAGUCGUGCCAGCAAGAGCCGGACUGACAAUGUGAUCGACUUUCUAGAGCGCCUCUCGGAAGAUACGCUUCGCUCCACCCGCUUUUUCCAUUCAGGACCCUUGCCUUCGAGCUUGCAGCGCACGGACGGGUCGCCCAGCCACCCGAUCCUCCUGCAGAAUGGUGUUGUGCGGCUCAACUGUGUCGACUGUCUCGAUCGUACGAAUGCUGCGCAGUUUGUUCUGGGCAAAGCCGCAUUUGCUCAUCAACUUCAUGCUUUGGGCCUCCUGAAACACGUACAUCUUUCGUUCGACUCGGACGCUGUAAAUAUGCUCACGGAGAUGUACCACGAUUUGGGCGACACCAUUGCACUUCAGUAUGGUGGGUCGGCGCUCGCGCAUACGACCGACACGUACCGGAAGAUCAAUCACUGGUCCUCGCAUUCACGCGAUAUGCUCGAGGGCAUCCGGCGGUACUAUGCAAAUUCGUUUGCAGAUGCGGAAAAACAGGCUUCCAUCGAUCUCUUCUUAGGCCAAGCGCCCAGCGAGAUGUCGGUGCCGCCCCACUCGGACUUUGGUCCCAUUGAGACCUGCUGUAUCCAGCACCUGGCUUCUGAUGAAGAUGUAGGUGCCAAAACUGCGCACUUGGUCCACUUUGCCAAUACCGAGAAGGGAUUCUGGGAGGGUUACUACCGCCCAAGCCUAUUUACCGAGUACGUCUAA